UAGCUUCAGUUCAAAAUUAACUUUGAAUAAAAAAGGUUGUGCGUAGUGAUUAUUGCGUGUGAGGAAAUACAAAUUAUUUCAAUUUACUUUAAAGUUAUUUCUUUUUUUAAAGAAUAACUCGAUUGAAUUUUUCAAUCAAUUCAGUGACAAUCAAUUAAUUUUCUUAAAUCCAAUUACAAAGUUAAGUUAAACAGCAAAAAUUUAUUGUAACUCUCCGCGAGGAAGCUGUUGUGUUUAUCUCUGUUGCCCAAACGGUUUGAACAUAUCUCGUCUCUCUUUCAAUCUGACAUUUAUCCGACAUUUUGAGAAAAUCAAGUGGAUUUCUUUACAAAAAUAAAACUUUUGUGUGUGGUACUUGUGGUACAGUUAGUUGGAAACUAAUAAGAUUUUUCACUUUUAAAAACAUAAAUAUUGAAAUUUCUAACAAUAGCAUCAGCAUCAAAUUCAAAACAAAUUGAAAAUAUUCUUUUGUGAAAAGUGAAAAACCAUAACCUUACAUUUUUUUUUGAAGAAAAAAAGAUAAAAUUAGUUUGUUGGUUGGUGUAAUAAAAGCUUUUGAAAAGCUUCCCUUAAAAGAAACAAUACAAAAAAACGAAAAGCACAACCGUGAACUUGUGGCUCUACAAUUUAAGCCGAGUUUUCAAUUAUUUUGUUUAACAAAAACAAAUUAAAGAACAACAAAAGAAAGAAACAAAAAUUGUUAAAUUAGCAAUUAUUUUCAUUAACACUCAUUGCAAGUUCUUUAUUGCCAAAUAAAUAAACUUUUCGUGGUCAAAGUCACCACCAACUUGAAUAAUACAUAAUAACAAUACAAGACACAAACAGUAGAAGCCCACAAAAUGACUGCACGUGUAUUGAAUCCAGUUGCCUUGACGGAAUUUUGUAAGUUGCGCUCCCCAGCGAGUUUGUCGUCGAUGAGCAGGAAUCUUCCCUGUGGGCGACAGGUAAAUCGCAUCAAAAGGGAUCUUUUUGGAGCAGCUAAUCCAGUAGAGACAAAAAAAGUCUUCAAUGAUGAAAUAGAUCGACACCAAGAGAAAGCAACCAAAAAGUGGGGCUUUGACUUCCGCAGUGGCAACCCUCUUGUAGCCGGCAAUACACAAUUCAUCUGGGAACGUGUACAAUUCUCAGAUUUCCUCCCAGAAAUGUAUACCCUUAGUCGGGCUGCUCAUGUUCGUGAAGUACCAAAUGUAACAUCUUACGAUCUACUAAUGGAUGAACGAGCUGAUCGUGAAAAUAAUUCAUCGUCAGCUGUUGAAACAGAUUCAUGUGAUGAUUCGCAGGACGAAUCAAUGAGUGUAUUCAAAGCACCAAAUGCUUCAGCUGCCCCAUCAACAGUUGCUGCAGCGUGUAGAACACUUCGCAAACGACAACCUAAGAUAACAGAAUACAUGAAAGAACGCAAACGUCUAGCCCAGACACCGAAAAAGGUCUCACCAGCUAAACGUGCCCGCACAACAAGCAGCAGCAGCACAAGUUCGCUAUUAAAUUCGUUAAGAAGUCUACAAAGAAAUCAUUAAAAUUUAAACUUAACAUAACCAUACAAUUAAUAUAUAUAUACAUAAAAUAUGUUUCCUUAAUUUUUCCAUUCUUACACAUACAUACAUAAACAAAACAAAAUAUGAUCCCUUCACUUCACUUCACUUCACACAUUUUCUAUGUAUAAUUAAAUUUUGUUUCGAUAUUACCUUAUGGCCAUAUACUAAGAAAUUAGUAGUAACAUAUAAUAUAUUUUUUUAAAUAUACAUAAUUAAUAUUCUCACCUUAUUACAAUGAACACAUUCAAAUUAUAUUUUUUAUAAUUAUAAUUAAGAUUAAGUAAAACAAAAAUAUUUAUCAUAAUGCAGCAAAAUUAUCCUUAUUUUAAGAAUAAGCAAAUUGAAUUUUCCAUGCAUUGCUCACUGGGGUGUUUUUAAAAAGCUCUCAAAUAACGAAGAUUUCUACAUUCAAUUGUUUAAAUCAUUCGAUUAUUUGAGAAAAAGCAUUUAAUUGAAUUUAAAUCAAAAAUCGGUAUUGAAAUAAUCAAUAUCUGAACAAGUUUUCGAAUUCAUGAUUAAUUGAUUUAGUGAAAAUAACAAAACAAAAUACCCUAUUGACCAAUUUCAUGAAAAACAUGUUGCUUGAGUUGUAAAUAAUUGAUUAAGUAUGAAGAAAUUUAAAUUACGAAUAUAUAAAAAAAUGACAACAUGAAUUAUAAUUAUUAUUAUUAUAUAAAGAAAUAUUAACAAAUAUUGUAAAAAAAGUAUGUUUUUUAAACGAAAAACAUCAUUUACAAUUACACAAUGAGUUUAAAAUAAUUUUGUUUCAGAAAGUUGUGUUUUGUUUUUUUAUUUAUGUUUUUGCCGUCAUAAUUUAUUAUUUUGUGGAAAACAUUAAAAAAAAAAUUACAAUCUUUAUAUUGUCAAAACUUGAUGAAACAGAAUUGCACAAAGUACAAAAUCAAUUUGAAAUUCAUCUUGAUUUGUUUAAGAUAAAAUAAAUACAUCGACUUUUUGACCAUGAGAUGCAAAAAUGCAUCAGAAGGUCAAAUUGUCUCUGUCCUAAAUUUUCUUAAACAAAUUAACUUGAAUUAUAUUAAUCAUUAUUUAAGGUAUUCCAUAAAUUCAUUGAUCUAUAGAUGAUGAGCUUUAGCUAUAUUUAUAGGUCGAUUGAAUUUAAAUACACUUUUUUCAGAACAAAAAUGAUUCUUCGAAUAACGGCUGAGCCCUUUCUUUUAAAUUUAAGUUUUAAAACACAGUAAUGAAAUAAUAGAACAAAUAUCAUUCAAAGUAAAACUUUAAUUUCAAAGUUCAUAAUUUAAGUUAUAUUUUUUUUUUCAUAUAAGAACAAUAAAACCGAUCAUUCUUAUUUAGAUUUAGGGUCUGACCCAGUGUAAUAGUUUAUAAAAUGAAAAUAAAAACAAUAAUAAAAAUAAGAUUAUAAGUGCUAAGAAAUAAUGUUCUUAAUUAUUAUAAAAUAAAUGUGUACAGAUUAUUUUAGUUUUACAAAAAAAAAAUACCAGAAAAUAAGUUUUAUAAUAAAGAAGAUUUAAUAACUAGUUUAUAAAUAGAAAUUAAAAUUGCA